AGGUGAGGGGGCAUGAGGACUCUCGCCCUCGCUCCUUUUCCCCCCAACCCCGAUCGAGUCCGCCAGUAUCCCACAAUCCUCUCUGUCUUUUCUCGCUUUCAAGAUGGCGUUGUUGGGGGCUCCACGGAGCCUGGCGGCUCUCGCCGCCUUCCAUCGGCGCAGGCUGCUGGCAGCUUCCCUGCUCCGGCAGCCGGCGGCCUGCGUCCUCGGCUGGACAGCUGGCAGCAGGCUGAAGCGGAGCCAGCCCUCCCCGCGGAUCUAUCAGAUUCCACAGAGAUUCAGACAAGCUACAUGGCAGAGUUUGGGGAGUGGUUAUUCAAGACAAUUAUUAGAUGCUGCAAAGAAUUUCCAGAGGAGGCCACUGAUAGAUAAGAGAACAUGUUGGCAUGGUCAUGCAGGUGGAGGACUCCACACCGAUCCAAAGCAAGGGUUGAAAGAGAUAGAUGCUGGGAAGAUUAUCAGGGCAAUGAUGUCUUAUGUAUGGCCCAAAGACAGACCAGACCUACGAGCCAGAGUUGCCAUCUCUCUAGGAUUUUUGGCAGGUGCAAAGGGCAUGAAUAUAGUGGUUCCCUUCAUGUUUAAAUAUGCAGUAGACAACCUCAACCAGAUGUCUGGAAACAUGCUGAACCUGAGUGAUGCACCACAUACAGUUGCAACCAUGGCAACAGCUGUUCUGAUUGGCUAUGGUGUGUCAAGAGCUGGGGCUGCCUUAUUUAAUGAAGCUAGAAAUGCAGUAUUUGGGAAAGUGGCCCAAAAUUCUAUCAGAAGGAUAGCAAAGAAUGUCUUUCUCCAUCUGCAUAACUUGGAUUUGGGUUUCCACCUGGACAGACAAACAGGAGCUCUGUCAAAAGCUAUUGACAGGGGAACAAGGGGCAUCAGCUUUGUGCUGAGUGCUUUAGUAUUUAAUCUGGGACCCACUGUGUUUGAAAUGGCACUUGUGAGUGGAAUUCUGUAUUAUAAAUGCGGUGCACCAUUUGCAUUUGUAGCCCUGGGGACACUCGGUGCAUAUACAGCAUUCACGAUAGGAGUUACACAGUGGAGGACUAAGUUUAGAAUAGAAAUGAACAAAGCAGAUAAUGAUGCAGGUAAUGCUGCAAUUGACUCGCUGUUAAAUUAUGAAACUGUGAAGUAUUUCAAUAAUGAAAAAUAUGAAGCCCAGCGAUAUGAUGGAUUUUUGAAGACCUAUGAAAAUGCCUCACUGAAGACUACCUCUACCUUAGCUAUGCUGAACUUUGGGCAAAGCGCUAUAUUCAGCGUUGGCUUAACAGCCAUUAUGGUGCUUGCUAGUCAGGGAAUCGUUGCAGGGAACUUGACAGUUGGGGAUCUGGUAAUGGUGAAUGGACUGCUAUUCCAGCUUUCUCUACCGCUUAACUUUCUGGGAACAGUGUACAGAGAGACUAGGCAAGCUCUCAUAGAUAUGAACACCUUGUUUACACUCCUCAGCGUAGACACAAGAAUUAAAGACAAAGAGCUGGCUCCACCGCUGCACAUCACACCACAGACUGCUACCAUCGCCUUUGAUAACGUGUAUUUUGAAUACCUUGAGGGGCAGAAAGUCCUUAAUGGAGUGUCUUUUGAAGUCCCUGCAGGAAAGAAAGUGGCCAUUGUAGGAGGUAGUGGGUCAGGAAAAAGCACAAUAGUCAGAUUACUAUUCCGCUUCUUUGAACCCCAGAAAGGAAACAUUUAUGUUGCUGGUCAGAAUAUACAAGACAUCAGCUUGGAAAGCCUGAGAAAGGCUAUAGGAGUUGUACCUCAGGAUGCCGUUCUAUUCCAUAACACCAUCUACUACAACCUCUUAUAUGGUAAUAUGGGUGCAUCAGCAGAAGAGGUGUAUGCAGUAGCAAAGUUGGCAGGAAUCCAUGAUUCUAUUGCCCGAAUGCCCAAUGGGUACAACACACAAGUUGGUGAACGAGGACUCAAGCUCUCAGGAGGGGAAAAGCAAAGAGUUGCUAUUGCCAGAGCCAUCUUAAAGAAUCCUCCUAUUAUUCUCUACGAUGAAGCCACAUCCUCUUUAGAUUCAAUUACAGAAGAGAACAUUCUCAGUGCCAUGAGGGACCUGGUGAAGCACAGAACAACUGUUUUCAUUGCACACAGAUUGUCAACAGUAGUUGAUGCAGAUGAAAUCCUUGUCCUAGAUCAGGGUAAAGUUGCUGAGCGUGGUAGCCAUUUACAUCUUCUGGCCAGUCCCAGCAGUCUCUACUAUGAGAUGUGGCACACACAGAGCAGCAGAAUACUAAAUAGUAAUGUCAACCAGAAAUGGGAAGAAAGAAAUAACCAUAUGUCCAAAGAAGAGGAAAGGAAGAAACUACAAGAGGAAAUUAUCAACAGUGUGAAGGGCUGUGGAAACUGUUCGUGCUAAGUGUGUGAUGCAGGAUUAAAUUUCUGCUGCCGGUUAAAGGGUAAUACAGGACUGCACUGAAGCACAGCUGUGAUUUGGAAACAUAAACGAUUCAGACACUUCCUGGUUGGUUUUGUUUUUUUUACGGUAUCUCAACGCAGCAUAACUUCUUUAACCAAAGGAUUUAUUUCUACAUCUCUCAGAAUCUCUAAUAUUUAAAGAGGUUUUGAAAAACUCUCAAUUUAUUGCUAAUUAACAAGGCGUAUUUUUAUGGAAGUUUCAGACAUUUAUACAUUUUACUGGCAAUCACUUGUCAAGUGACCUAGAUCAUUUCAGCUGGCAAAGAUGGAAUUGUUUGAACUGUAUCAUUAAUCGGUAAACAGACUUGUUCUUUGUUUAUUUUCCACCAUUGAUGGCUGGUAAAGGUGUUUUAUAUUUUUAAUGUGAUUCAGCUAACUUGAAUUUGUAUGCUAAAAAAUAAGAUGAUCUUAGUUAUUAAAUGAUUCUCUGGUUUGAAA